CGAAAGCAUCAUUUGCGUUGACUGUAAAUUAAAUAGGGAAGGUGGCAGCAAUGAUGUCGUAUGGUUCCAGAUUCUUCACAAAAGCCCUCUUCACCAAAUCCAAGACCGCUUCUAGUUCUUGCACAGCGCUCUCCCUUGUGAGAACCCACUUCGCUUCCUCUACUUCUCUUCCUCGGGUUCGAGCGAUGGCUACCGACUCUGCUGCCUCUUCACCAUUCAAGAAAGUCCAGAUUCAGAGAGAAAACACGACAUUUGACGCUUACGUGAUUGGCAAAGACAAUGCUCCUGGGAUUGUUGUGCUUCAGGAAUGGUGGGGUGUUGAUUUUGAGAUCAAGAAUCAUGCUCAGAAGAUUUCUCAGUUCGAUUCAGGCUAUAAAGCUUUGAUCCCAGAUUUGUACCGGGGAAAGGUUGGUCUGGAUGUUGCUGAAGCACAACAUUUGAUGGAUGGUCUUGAUUGGCAAGGAGCCGUAAAGGAUAUUGAAGCCUCGGUUAAUUGGCUGAAGACAAAUGGUUCUCAGAAGGUUGGUGUCACUGGAUAUUGCAUGGGUGGUGCCCUUGCUAUUGCAAGUUCUGUCCUGGUCCCUGGCGUUGAUGCUGUGGUAGCCUUUUAUGGAGUGCCUUCACCAGAGCUUGCAGAUCCGGUCAAUGCUAAGUCACCUGUGCAGGCUCACUUUGGUGAGCUUGAUAGUUUUGUCGGAUUUUCUGAUCCAAAGACUGGGAAAGCUUUAGAAGAGAAGCUGAAGGCAUCUGGAGUUCCCCAUGAGGUAUACAUAUACCCUGGAGUUGCCCAUGCCUUCAUGAACAGUUCUCCAGAGGGAAUACAGAGACGAAAAAAUAUGGGAAUGAACGAUGAGGAUGCUGCUACAGUCGAGCUGGCAUGGACUCGCUUCCGCUCAUGGAUGACUCGUUUCUUAUCAUCCUGAAACUCUGUGCUUCUUUACGGCUGCCAUCUAAUGUAUAAACACAUCUAUGUUGACAUUUCUUGUCGAUGUUACCAAUGAUGCUAAUACUUGUUGCAUGUAUUUACCGGGGCUAAUAGUCGUUGUGUGCUGGGGUUUGCGGGGUACAGCAUAUGUUCAAAUGGGUGUCCUUCUGCGCGUUUGGAUUCCUGCAUUUUAUAAAUAAAGAUUGACAAGCUGUUGGAGGAGAAGCUCUGCUCAUGUGAGGUUUGGUUCCAGUACUGAGUUUUACCACCUCCCACGUGGUUUGAUGGGUUAAAGCUUUGUAUUUAA